CACCUUGAGGAAUGGAAAGACACCCCACGGGAGCAGGGAAUGCUGUCCUCAAAAAGAAGAAAGAGGUGCCUCCGCUCUUCACCCGGCCGCCGCUGCUUGGGCCCACGCUUCUUGCGAGGCGGGGACAGGGCCAGGAAAGCUGACUGUGCCGGGGACGCCUUGACCUAGGGCACCAGAGGAGCGGACACGGGUGCCGGGCCCACAACCGGAACAGGUACACGAGAAGUUGGCCCCAGGUCGGGCCCGCCUCGCCCUGCCUCGCCCAUAGCCGCCGGCACAGUAUAAGGCACCCCGCCCCCGUGAACCCAGAGGUCCCUGAGCUCGCUCACCUGCAGCCGAGUCACCAGUAGGCUGUAGGGCGCCAUUUUGUGCACUGACAAAGAUGAGGUCGCAUGCAAGUGACGUCCCAAACGGCGCCUUUUAAAGCCUUUGGGCAGGGGCGUGCCCGGAAGAGUGGGGCGUCACGGUGAAGGCGAGGCCUCCCUAGGGGCACCAGAACCCUGGGAACGCAAUGAGCGGAGCUCAAGAGUAAUGAACAGACACGCAAGAGGAAAUAGAACUGCCUAAAGACACUUGCAGAAGUAGAUACCAAGCACAAAUAUGUUUUAUCCAAGAACAAAUUUUAGUUAUCUCUGCCAUCCAAAUCUGGGAGUGUUUUUAAGACUUUCAUGCACCUGCCAGGACCUGGCCACGCAGCAGCGACAGAAACUCGCGCGAGAGCAAGAGGGGCCUGGUGCAAGGAUCGUAAACUGACGGAAGCUUAGAGGACCAAUCACAGCGACGUGGAGGCAGGAACAAUGGGAAAUAAAGGUCGGACGGAAGUUCCCGAAGCUUCCGGUGGCCGGCUUAAUUGGGAGCUAUGGCUAAACAUCAUCCUGAUUUGAUCUUUUGCCGCAAGCAGGCUGGUGUUGCCAUCGGAAGACUGUGUGAAAAAUGUGAUGGCAAGUGUGUGAUUUGUGACUCCUAUGUGCGUCCCUGCACUCUGGUGCGCAUAUGUGAUGAGUGUAACUAUGGAUCUUACCAGGGACGCUGUGUGAUCUGUGGAGGCCCUGGGGUCUCUGAUGCGUAUUAUUGUAAGGAGUGCACCAUCCAGGAGAAGGAUAGAGAUGGCUGCCCAAAGAUUGUCAAUCUGGGGAGCUCUAAAACAGACCUCUUCUAUGAACGCAAAAAAUACGGCUUCAAGAAGAGGUGAUUGGUGGGUGGCCCCUUCCUCCCCCCAACAUCAAGCUGCUGCAGCUGCCAGAAAACAUGCCUACUACUACCAGCAGAAAGGGAGCAGAGACCAUAGCAUCACCAGGAGUGCCUGCUAGUGUACUGGCAGCUUGCCACCCCCUCCUCUCCCUUCACCCAGACGUGGUAGGGAUGGAAAAGGAUUCUUCACAGAGCACUCUGGCACACCGUAUCAGAGAAAAGUUGAUAGAUUAGUUAAUGAUUUUUCUUGAAUUCGAGAAGCAGAGAUCUGUUCUCCAUAUUGAUAUGUUCUCCCUCAACCAAGAUCUUCUAAAAAGAAGUAAUAUUUUAGUCUUCUGCUCGAGGAGUUGGCUGUGAAGCUACAGCCGGUGAAAACCACGUUCUUGCAGCAGCUCUGGUGGCAGCUGUCCUUGAGGAACUUUUGGUGUGUGGUGGGAAGCUAUCAGAACAAGAAAUGUAGGCAUUUACUGUUUUGGGGGGAGAGGGAGGGGUGCUCCGCCAUCUUGAAAGGCAUUUAUUCAUUUAACACUUGUGCUGUUGUCAUGUUAUUUUCCUUUUGAGAAAUUGGAAACUCUGUUGCUAUUAUGUUAAUAAAGUUGGUGUUUAUUUUCUGGUA